AUGGAAGACCGUACCCUUGGCGAAGACCUUGCUAUGGAGUAUGCAAAGCGCCGACAAGAAGCGCAACUGGCAGAUCAAACAGACGUUCCACAACCAAUGUCCGACGAGGACUUGUGGUUCGAGCUGCAUUACGGUCUUCUAUACGCUACCACGAAACUUCCGUCGGAGCCCGUCGUUUUGCGGCAUCCACGGCACUCCGUGCAUCAAUACAAGGUGUACUUUAACGACGGGCCUGGUAUUGACGAUGGCCUCUUCAACGCCAAGACGAGAAGAUUGGCCAGAGACACGGUCAUGAGGCUUGAUUGGCGACUGGACCCAUUCAUCAAAGCAGGCGGUCACCCAAUAGCCUUGCGAACAACCGUUACGUCGGAUCAUCUGGCCGCAUACCGGAAGAUACGUAAAGUCAUCAUAGGUGAUGAGAGCAACACAGACGUGGAGAGUCAUAGCGAGCGCUUGCAAUUCCUCAUGGACCUAGCGGCAAAGUUACAUCCAAAUCUAGCCUCACCGCCUAUGCGGUCUACUGAUGUGGUAGCACCAGUGGAAGCGUUCUCCAAAAGCCUCUGGACCGAAAUGGAACGUCACGCCCUCUGGCGCGCCAUCAACAGGUGGUGCAAGGAUAAUGGUGUAGAUCAGUUCGAAUCAGGCAACAUAGGCAUAGUCACAUGUCAGACUUUUGCUGACGAGAUCAAAGCAGAUUGCGCGAACCGAGGUACCGAAUCAGAGCGCAGUGCAGAGAGCGUCCAAAGCCAAGUCAAAGACGCGAUACGGAGGAACAAGACGAGAGCGAACAAGCCGAUCACGGAGCUGGCCUUGCGUGCAAAGGCAAUGAAAAAGAAACUCAACGACAAAGGCGUCAACUCUGUCCCAAAGAGCGAAAGGUUUCCGAAAGCAGCCAUUGGUAUCCCAGGGGAUGAUGAGUGGGACACUGAUUAG